AUGGCAUCUGGUGAAAAAAUGAAAAAGGUGAUCGCGAAACAAAUGGAUCUUUUCGGCCUCAUCUCUCGAACCAUCGAAAACCUCGAAAAGAAAGGCGCCGCGAAGCGCACGCGUGGUAACGUAACCAGCCGUAUCGAUAAUUUAAAGAUGAACUGGGCGAAAUUUGUAAAAAUGGAUGAGGCAGUGCGGGAUUACAUGGAUGCCGAGUCGGCCAAGCUUCUUUAUUUUAUGGAAGGAGUUCGUGAACAAUGCGAGGAAAAAUUCAUCGAGGCGCACGGCGAUCUUCUGGACAUUCUGCAUGAACUGACAGCACCGGCCGGGGAAAAACCGUCGAUCUCGGACUCACCUCAGGCUAUCUCUGGAUGUUCUCACUCACGUGAUCUCCCAAAAAUUUCUCUGCCAACCUUCGCAGGCGAUUACCUGCAAUGGCGAAGUUUCCGAGACUUAUUUUCGUCCAUGAUCAUCGACAACUUGGACAUUUCAGAAGUAGAAAAGCUCCAUUACCUCAAGACCAGUCUUCUCAACGAGCCAGCUCAACUGUUAAAAAACAUCCCGCUCGACACGGAGUCUCUUAAACAGUCGGAAACGACAAUAAGCGAGUCCAGCGUUUACGCGAAUUUCGAGCAGCUUGACAGUUUUAUUCUACGAAGAAUAAAUACUCUCGAAGCGGUUGAGCGCGCUCCCGGCCGGAAGGGCGGAUCUGCAAACGGCAACUCAUCUCGUGUCGCGACACCAGAAGCCCGCGCUCAUAAUGCCAUUUCUCAUGAUCAAAAGUGUGUGCUGUGCGGUGCGAAUCAUUAUAUAUCGAACUAUCCGCAAUUUAUUGCGAAGCAGGCAACUCAACGACGCGAAUUCGUCAUCUCACGAAAACUCUGCUUUAACUGCCUCGGGCCGCAUCAAGUAAAAGCGUGUCGAUCGACCAAGCGAUGUCGUCAAUGUCAAAUAAAUCAUCACACUCUACUCCACGGAAAUCGCUCUUCCGCCGACAACGAAUCGCCUUCCGCGCUCCCGACGGCUCAAUCCUCGCCGGCUAGCAGUCAAACCUCCUCGACUGAAAGCGCGUUGCGACCCUCUCCGAGCACGCGAGAAUCUACUCUCGGCUCAGCAGCUCUGCAAAUCUCGAGUCAUCUAGCCUUGCUGACGGUAAUUCGUAGAUCACCCGUUAUUUUCGCAACGGUUCAAGUUAAUGUGACGUCCCGAGCCGGAAAACAAGUUCGCGUGCGAGCUCUUCUGGAUCAGGGCUCGGAAGCCUCCUUUGUAUCGGAAUCUCAUGUACAACUUCUUCAGCUUCCACGACGGCCAGCCUCCGUUCCAAUCAUCGGAAUCGGAGCACAUCGAUCCAGUCAUGCUCACGGAAAAACAACACUUAAGAUCUCAUCACGAGUCAUCUCAACGGUUCAUCUCCACGUCGAAGCUCUUAUUUUGUCGAGCAUCACAGCCUAUCUUCCACCUAGAGUAAGUCUGCCGCUCAAUUGGCCACAUCUCUCAGGAGUACAGUUGGCUGACCCGGACUACCUAGCACCAGGAAAAAUCGAUAUCCUUCUUAGCGCCAAUGUCUACUCCAAAAUCCUCGAAGAGGGACUUCGUCGUGGACCGCCAGACGCACCAAUCGCUCAACGUACCUCACUAGGGUGGAUUCUCUCGGGACCCGUCGCGGCCGAUGACGAGCAACCAACAUCACAGGUUUCCAGUUUUCAAUGUACUUCCGACUUCGAGCUCUCGACUCUCAUGCAAAAAUUUUGGAUACAGGAAGACACGGUUCAAAUGGCGCCGUCACUGUCGCCUGACGAAAUUCAAUGUGACAAUCACUUCAUCGCUACACACAUCCAUGCCUCGGACGGCAGAUUCAUCGUGCAAUUACCACUCAGAACUCUUCCGGCUACCUUUGGCGACUCAAAAGACAUCGCGCUUCGAAUGCUCCUGCGUAUGGAAAGACGGUUCCAAUCGGACAAUGUUCUCAAAACUCAGUAUAUCGAAUUUCUUCGCGAAUAUGAGGAUCUCGGUCACAUGCGCGAAUCCUUCAGCAACGAAAAAUCAACUUUCUCGUGCGAAUUCUAUCUCCCACACCACGGAGUGCUUCGACCCAGUAGCUCGACUACGAAAUUACGAGUAGUCUUUAACGGAUCGCAAAAAACGAGCUCAGGGAAGUCAUUGAACCAGUGCUUGCACAUAGGACCGAAACUCCUCACUGAUCUCGUUGAUGUUCUGCUUCGAUGGCGCCUCCAUCAGUAUGUUUUCGCUGCCGACAUUACAAAACUGUACCGACAAAUCCAGGUGCAUGAAGACGAUUGGCCAUUACAACAGAUACUCUGGCGAGAAUCUUCUCAUGACAAGAUUCGCUCGUUCGUUCUGUGCACCGUCACUUAUGGGCUCGCCUGCGCACCUUAUCUAGCCUUACGCUGCUUACACCAACUCGCGGACGAGAAUUCCAGAACUCACCCAAGAGCAGCUAACAUCAUUCGUCGGCAAUCUUAUGUGGACGACAUUCUAGCCGGAGCUGACUCUAUCGAAGACGCUCAGGAGAUACACCUCGAGGUUGCCACCGAUUACUCCACGGCUGGCUUUCUAGCUGCUUACAGGCGUUUUGUCAGCCGCCGAGGGAUUUGUUCUACGCUCACCAGCGACUGCGGCACAAAUCUCAUCGGCGCUGAUCGGGAACUACGACAAUUAUUCGCGGCCGCCUCUAAAGACUGGAGUCAUCUUGCUAAUGUCCUAGCAAACGACGGAACCUGCUGGAAAUUCAACCCACCCGCUGCCCCUCAUUGCGGCGGAAAAUGGGAGGCCGGAGUUAAAUCGACUAAGCAUCAUCUAAAACGUAUCAUCGGUGACACGGUCUUAACCUACGAGGAAUUCGCCACGUUGCUUGCUCAGAUUGAAGCGGUUCUCAAUUCGCGGCCACUCGGCGCGCUCUCUGAUGAUCCAAACGACCUCUCAGCAUUAACUCCAGGGCAUCUUCUCAUCGGCACAGCGCUCACGACGAUACCGGAACCUACAUUGAUCGAGCUGCCCGACACUCGGGAUGAGCGUUAUCCACCGACAAAGUGGCCGUUAGCUCGCGUUAUUGAGACGCACCCCGGCCAAGACGGUCUAGUGCGAGUCGUAACAGUGAAGACUCAAUGCUCGAUUUUGAAGCGACCAAUCACAAAACUGUGUCUGUUACCUAUUGAAACCCAAUCUAAUAAGACCGCGUCAUAA